CAAGACACCGACUUUCUUCUAAUAAUCACCGAUCUCUUCCAAGGUGCCUUGUCAUAGGAAACCAUAACUUCCUAUGAGGUGCCAAUCAUUUCCCAUUUACAAGUACUAAAAAUUGGCUGGGUCAAUGAGAUUUUUGGCAUCCCGGCUUUUCAGUUUUAUCUUAGACUUGCUCCUCACCAAGAUAACAACCGCUACAAUUAUUAAUUUUCAAUUUGGAAGUCUCAAUUCUCUUCCUUUUCUCACUUCUUCACCUCAAUCCGCCAUCUAGGUCUCCUCCAUAACCACUCCAAAGUCCUCUGUGUCUCCGCCGGGGCCGGCCACGAGGUCAUGGCCCUCUCCGAACUCGGCGUUUCGGACGUAACGGGUGUCGAGUUGGUUGACUCGCCGCCUCUGGUGAGCCCGACCGAUCCGCAUGACUUGCCGUUUUUCGAUGGUGCGUUUGAUCUGGCGUGCACUGGGCAUUUGGAGGAGGCUCUGUUCCCGGCGAGGUUCAUUUCAGAGAUGGAGAGGUCGGUGAGCGAUAAUGGGGUGUGUGUGGUAGUUGUGCAAGAGUGUGGGCAUGAGGAGGUGAGGGAGAUUGCGGAUUUGUUUAGGCAUUCUUUGUUUGUUGGCGCGGCGAAUAUCAGUUUGAUUGGAUUGAGAAUGACAAGGAUUCUAAUGAGAACUAGCGACAUUAAAGGCUUUCAGGUUUUCAUAUCAUACUUGAAGCAGGGGGACUGUGCAGAAUUAAUCAAGAUUACAGUUCUGAAUAACAUUUGGGAAACAGACUUGGGAAUGGGCAUAGUAUUCACGUUUUAACUGGGUGAAGCUUUUUAGAGAGGAGCUGUCCAUCUCCAGAAUGAUAUUUUCAACAUUUUCAGAAUGUAGUUAUUGCUUGCGAAGCAAGUCAUUCGGGCAUCUUGAAUUCGAUACUAAUUAGAGAAAAUCCUUAGUGUUGAUACUCUUAUUCUGCUUAGGAAUUUCGUUGUUCCUGCAGUCAGGUUUAGCCCCGCUGCACCCAGCAAAAGAAGAGAAGAAGCACUCUCUUCUUUUGACUAAUUGGUGCCUCCUACGGCAUACUGAUGGUUACUGUUCCAAAUAUUUUCUGGUUAUUUUUAGGAAUUUUAAGUUGGUGCUUAGGGAGUACUGUUAGUCACUUAAAUCUCCUGCCGUGAUCUGUAAUUUAGGGGUAGCAAAUCAUGUUUUUGCAUCGUGUUUGUUUAGUAUCAAGUCAUAAACAUUAGACCAUAUAGGUCAAUCUAAACCCAACCCAUUAAGUUAAACUUGUCAAACUUCCAAACUCUAACCCAACCUCUUUAAAUAACGGGUUGCGUCGUAUCACUUGUUUAUUAAUUAAUUAGAAAUGUUUACAUGAAAUGCAUAACUUAUUUGACCUAAUUAACAUAAUUUU